AUGAGGGACUUGUUACAGGACUCCUCAAAGCCCUACGAUUCAAAGAAGAACUGCUGGAUUCCUGAUGCAGAAGAGGGUUAUGUGGCUGCUGAAAUCACCGCCACUAAAGGUGAUCAAAUCACCUGCGUUACUGCUCGCGGAAAUGAAGUGACGCUCAAGAAAGAGUUGGUACAGGAGAUGAACCCGCCAAAGUACGAGAAGACUGAGGAUAUGUCUAACCUCACCUUCUUGAACGAUGCAUCUGUGCUUCACAAUCUGAGAUCUCGUUACUCAGCCAUGUUGAUCUACACCUACUCCGGACUUUUCUGUGUGGUGAUCAACCCUUACAAGCGACUUCCGAUCUACACGGAGUCAGUGGCGCAGAUGUUCAUGGGCAAGCGUAGGACGGAAAUGCCUCCUCACUUGUUCGCCGUAUCCGAUCAGGCCUACAGAAACAUGUUGCAAGACCAUGAGAAUCAGUCCAUGCUUAUUACAGGAGAAUCUGGAGCUGGAAAGACAGAGAACACCAAAAAAGUAAUUGCGUACUUCGCAUCCGUCGGUGCCAGCCAAAAUGCGGGCAAGGUCCAAGAGGUUUCUGACGUGAAGAAAGUCACCCUUGAAGACCAGAUUGUCCAGACUAACCCUGUGCUUGAGGCCUUCGGUAACGCCAAGACUGUCCGUAACAACAACAGUUCUCGUUUCGGAAAGUUCAUCCGAAUCCACUUCUCCAGAGCUGGAAAGGUGGCCUCUUGCGAUAUCGAGCACUAUCUCCUCGAGAAGUCUCGUGUUAUUCGUCAGGCUCCAGGAGAGCGUUGUUAUCACAUUUUCUACCAAAUCUUCUCUGAUUUCAAGCCCGAGCUGAAGAAGGCUCUCGAGCUCGACAAACCUUUGAAAGAUUACUGGUUUGUUGCUCAAGCCGAGUUGAGCAUUGAUGGCGUCAACGACAAGGAAGAAUUCCAAAUGACUGAUGAGGCUUUCGACAUUUUGAACUUCUCAGGCGAAGAGAAAAUGGACUGUUACCGUCUGAUGGCAGCUCUUAUGCACAUGGGUAACAUGAAGUUCAAGCAGAGACCUCGUGAAGAACAAGCGGAACCAGAUGGUACUGAUGAAGCAGAGAAGGCUUCAAAAAUGUAUGGAGUCGGUUUUGAAGAGUUCCUUAAGGCUUUGACCAAGCCUCGUGUAAAGGUAGGAACUGAGUGGGUAUCGAAGGGUCAGAACAUGGAACAAGUGAACUGGGCUAUUGGUGCCAUGGCCAAGGGUCUCUACGCUAGAGUGUUCCAUUGGUUGGUCAAGAAGUGUAACUUGACCCUUGAUCAACAAGGAAUUUCCCGUGAUUACUUCAUCGGAGUGCUCGAUAUCGCUGGAUUCGAAAUUUUCGAUUUCAACUCCUUCGAGCAGCUUUGGAUUAACUUCGUAAACGAGAGGCUGCAACAAUUCUUCAACCAUCACAUGUUCGUCCUCGAGCAGGAAGAAUACGCUCGUGAAGGUAUCCAAUGGACCUUCAUUGAUUUCGGUCUCGAUCUCCAGGCUUGUAUCGAGCUGAUUGAGAAGCCACUGGGUAUCAUCUCCAUGCUUGACGAGGAAUGUAUCGUACCGAAGGCCACGGACUUGACUCUGGCCCAGAAGUUGAACGAGCAGCAUUUGGGCAAGCACCCCAACUUCGAGAAGCCAAAGCCGCCAAAGGGCAAACAGGCCGAGGCUCAUUUCGCAAUGAGACAUUACGCCGGAACUGUGCGAUACAACGUGACCAACUGGCUCGAGAAGAACAAGGAUCCUCUCAACGACACCGUCGUCACCGUCAUGAAAGCCUCAAAGGGCAACGACCUGCUCGUCGAAGUGUGGCAGGAUUACGUCACCCAGGAAGAAGCUGCUGCUGCCCAGAAAGCCGGUGCUGCACAAGUCAAGAAGAAGGGAAAGUCUGGAUCGUUCAUGACUGUUUCUAUGCUUUAUCGUGAAUCCCUCAACAACCUGAUGAACAUGUUGAACAAGACUCACCCUCAUUUCAUCCGUUGUAUCAUUCCCAACGAGAAGAAGGCUUCUGGUGUCAUCGAUGCCGCGCUUGUGCUUAACCAGCUGACAUGUAACGGUGUGCUGGAAGGUAUUCGUAUUUGCCGAAAGGGUUUCCCCAACAGAACCCUUCACCCGGACUUUGUCCAGCGUUACGCUCUACUUGCUGCCAAGGAGGCCAAAUCCGACGAAGACAAGAAGAAGUGCGCUGAAGCCAUUAUGUCGAAGUUGGUGAAUGAAGGUGCAGUGACGGAAGAAAUGUUCCGUAUUGGUCUCACAAAGGUGUUCUUCAAAGCUGGUGUUCUCGCUCAUCUUGAAGAUCUUCGUGACGAUAAGCUGGCCAUAAUCAUGACCGGUUUCCAAGCUCAGAUCCGUUGGUACCUUGGACUUGCGGAUCGCAAGCGCAAGAUGGAGCAGCGCGCUGGAUUGCUCAUUGUCCAGAGGAACGUUCGCUCGUGGUGCACUCUCCGUACCUGGGAGUGGUUCAAGCUGUACGGAAAAGUCAAGCCUAUGCUUAAGGCCGGAAAGGAAGCUGAAGAAUUGGAAAAAGUCAACGAGAAAGUCAAGCAGCUCGAGGAAGCCCUUGCCAAAGAAGAGAAGCUGCGCAAGGAGCUUGAGGACAACUCAACCAAGCUCUUGGAGGAGAAGAACGGCUUGUUCACCAACCUCGAGGCCACAAAGGGACAACUGUCAGAGGCUGAGGAGCGUCUCAACAAGUUGCAGGCUCUUAAGAGCGACGCUGACAGACAGCUUGCGGAGUUGAACGAUCGUCUUGCCGACCAGGAAGAUCGCAACGCCGAUGUACAACGCGCAAAGAAGAAGGUGGAGUCCGAAUUGGAAUCGCUCAAGAAGCAAAUCCAAGACCUCGAGAUGAGCCUGAGGAAAUCGGAAUCUGAGAAGCAAUCCAAGGAUCACCAGAUUCGCUCGCUCCAGGAUGAAAUGGCGCAACAAGACGAAUCCAUCGCCAAGUUGAAUAAGGAGAAGAAACACCAGGAGGAAAUCAACCGUAAGCUUAUGGAGGACCUCCAGUCCGAAGAGGACAAGUCCAACCACACCAACAAGGUUAAGGCUAAGCUCGAGCAGACUCUUGAUGACCUCGAGGACGGUCUCGAACGCGAGAAGAGAGCACGAGCUGAUCUCGAUAAGCAGAAGAGAAAGGUUGAGGGAGAGUUGAAGAUUGCUCAAGAAAACAUCGAUGAAGGAGCACGUCAACGCCACGAUCUUGAGAACAACUUGAAGAAGAAGGAGAGCGAGCUCCACACAAUCAGCAGCCGUCUUGAGGAUGAACAGGCGCUUGUCAGCAAACUUCAACGUCAAAUCAAAGAAGGACAAAGCCGCAUCUCCGAGCUGGAGGAAGAACUCGAGAACGAACGUCAAUCUCGAGCCAAGGCUGACCGAGCUAAGUCUGAUCUUCAGCGUGAGCUUGAAGAGCUUGGCGAUCGUCUUGAUGAACAAGGUGGUGCCACCGCAGCUCAAGUGGAGCUGAACAAGAAGCGCGAGGCAGAACUCUCGAAACUCCGUCGUGACCUUGAAGAGGCCAACAUGAACCAUGAAAACCAACUAGGAGGGCUUCGCAAGAAACACACCGACGCCGUCGCAGAGCUCACUGAUCAGCUCGAUCAAUUGCAGAAGCAGAAGGCGAAGAUUGAGAAGGAGAAGAUCCAGGCCAACCAAGAAGCCGAAGAACUCGCUGCCCAACUCGAUGCUGAAACCUCAGCCAAGCUGAACAACGAGAAGCUCGCCAAGCAGUUCGAGCUUCAGCUCACUGAACUGCAGACGAAGGCCGCCUUCACAACGAGAACGGUGAACUCAGCCGUCAACUUGAAGAUGCCGAGUCGCAGCUCAACCAGUUCUCGAGACUCAAGAGUCAACUUACCAGCCAAGCUCGAAGAGGCUCGCCGUACAGCUGACGAGGAGGCUCGCGAACGCCAGACUCUUGCUGCUCAGGCCAAGAACUUCCAACACGAAGCAGAACAAUUGCAGGAAAGCUUGGAGGAGGAGAUUGAAUCCAAGAACGAGAUCAUGCGCCAGCUCAGCAAGGCAAACGGAGAAAUUCAGCAAUGGAAAGCACGCUUCGAAGGUGAAGGCCUCAUCAAGGCUGACGAACUCGAGGACGCCAAGAGACGCCAAGCCCAGAAGAUCAACGAGCUUCAAGAAGCUUUGGAUGCUGCCAACUCGAAGAUCGCCUCUCUUGAGAAGACCAAGAGCAGAUUGGUCGGAGAUCUCGAUGACGCUCAAGUGGAUGUGGAACGUGCCAACGCCUUUGCCAGUGCUUUGGAGAAGAAGCAGAAGGGCUUCGACAAGGUCAUUGAUGAAUGGAGAAAGAAGACCGACGAUCUUUCAGCUGAACUCGACGGUGCCCAGAGAGACUCCCGCAACACCUCAACUGAGCUUUUCAAGGCCAAGAACGCCUUGGAAGAACUCCACGAAGUCGUUGAGGGUCUCCGCCGUGAGAACAAGAGCUUGAGCCAGGAGAUCAAGGACCUCACUGAUCAACUUGGCGAAGGAGGCCGUUCUGUGCACGAAAUGCAGAAGAUCAUUCGCCGUCUAGAAAUCGAGAAAGAGGAACUCCAGCACGCUCUCGAUGAAGCAGAAGCUGCCCUGGAAGCGGAAGAAAGCAAGGUCCUACGUGCUCAAGUCGAAGUGUCACAGAUUCGCUCGGAGAUCGAGAAACGCAUCCAAGAGAAGGAGGAAGAAUUCGAGAACACCCGCAAAAACCACCAACGUGCGAUGGACUCAAUGCAAGCCUCGCUCGAGACCGAAGCCAAAGGAAAAGCUGAACUCCUCAGAGUCAAGAAGAAGCUCGAAGCCGACAUCAACGAGUUGGAAAUUGCCCUGGACCAUGCCAACAAGGCUAACGCUGAUGCCCAGAAGAACUUGAAACGCUAUCAGGAGCAAAUUCGUGAGCUGCAGUUGCAAGUGGAAGAAGAACAGCGACAGCGCGACGACAUCCGCGAGCAGUUCUUCAACGCUGAGAAGCGCGCCACACUUCUGCAAUCCGAGAAGGAAGAGUUGUUGGUGGCCAACGAGGCCAGCGAACGCGCACGAAAACAGGCUGAGUACGAAUCUGCAGAUGCCCGCGAUCAAGUCAACGAACUCUCAGGACAGACCGCUUCUCUGGCUGCUAGCAAGAGAAAGCUCGAAGGAGAAAUCCAGGCUAUUCAUGUAAGUUUGUUUUACUUCUAA